GCUGAGUUAGAAAGUGAAGAGGAUCAUAGUAGAUGUAAAGUUGAAGAAAUAGUUAAAGAAAAAAGGGAAAAGUCCAAAGAGAUACCCUUAGAAGUUAAAUCAAGUUCUAAACCUAAUGAUAAGGAACCUAUAUCAAAGAGCAGAUGGAAUGAAUCUUCUAGGACAAUGGAUGAAGAUACUAGUUUAGAGACUUCUCGCAAAAGCAGCAG